UUGUAUGCUUAAAAGAGUAGGAAAAGUGUGCAUUUGGGAAGAUGAUAAAGGUUGCAGAAGUAAUGAUUGUACUGAUUUGUAAGGUACAGAUCAUUUUAAGUGUAAGAAAUUAAAUGAAAGUUGUACAACCUCACUCAAUAAGUAAUGCGUAUAUAUGGCAGCUUCAUGUGCUGAAUAUUAGAUUGAAGCAUAAUGUGUUGAAACAUCAGAUGGAUUACCAUGUCUAUGGGUUAAAGCUUUAGGAAAUAUAAAUAAUCCUUUAGGAUAAUGCAUUCAAUAUAUGAGAUGUGAAGAUAUCCCUCUCACCACAGAUGCAGAAUGUAAAAGUGUAUUUCCAACUUGCAGUUCUGAUGGAAUUAAGUGCACCCCUAUUAAAAAAUGUGAAGACCUUUCUUCAUCAAAUUGUAACAUCGGUUCUGAUGGAAAAUGUAUGUUAGCUCUUAAAGAUCCAACUGCUACCACCAAAAUAUGCAUGGUAUUUAAGUAAUGUAAGGAUACUUAUUAUAAAACUCAUCAAGAAUGUUAAGGAGUUAGUAACAUUUGCACUACAAACGGAUCAUAAUGUAUGGAAAUAAGCACAGAUUGUGCAAGUUAUACUGAUAGAUCAUCUUGCUUUAUAACAUCAAAUAAGCCAUCCCCUACUAAUACUGGCAAUUGUGUUUGGGAUGUAAAAUGCAGAUCAGAAACUUGUUCAGAUAUUAGCGGGGCUACUCAUUAAUAUUGUAACUCCAAAAUGUCUACUUGCACUACAAAUGGUAGUAAGUGUAUGACAAUAUCAACAUGUGAAUCAUAUACAACAAUGACAUUUUGUAAUAAUGGUUAUGGUUAAACUGGUCCAUGCUAUUGGACAGAUGUAACUAAAGAAACAGGAACUUUUUGUAGAGUUAAAGUUUGUAAAGAUAUCCUUCCAGCUACUGUUUUCACAUGUUAGGCAAUAACUCAAUGUGUUUACGAUGGCACUAAAUAAGUAUGCAUUAAGAAAGAAAGUUCAUGCACUUCUUAUACAGAUUAAACUGCCUGUAAUUUUGGUACUUCUGAUUCUAAGACUUGUUAUUGGGCUAAUAAUAUAUGUUCUAAUGUUUCAGGAUGUUCAGUCAUUACUGAUGAGACUAAAUGUCUCUCUCUUUAAGGAUGCAGCUAUAUUACCAAAAAUAGUACUUCAUCAUGUGUUCCCUAAGAUUGUGAGAUUGUCUAUGAAAUGACAAACUCUUGCAAAUUUUAUUAAACAUUUACAAAUUAAUUUUAAACUUGUGAAUUAUCAUCAAAUAAUGAAUGUUAGAAAACAGAUCCAUCAAAAUUAUAGCUAGAUAAUUGUAUGAUCAAUUCAAACUAUACAUAUACUUGGAAUAAUUAGACUAGAAAUUGUACUUCUUGUUAAUACGUUGAAACUAAUGUUACAAAUUAGAAUCCUGGCGAAGAAUUAGAUCCACCAGUUGAUGAAUCAGCUUAAAAAAUAAGCAUGGCCUUUAUAUUUUUGGCUAUGAUCCUAGAAUGA